GAUGGUGUCUGAAGACAGGAUUUAUAUCGCGGUGGGGAAGGAUGCGAAAGAGAACAAAUCAAAGAUUGUCUGGACGGUGCAUCAAUCCGGAUGCAACUUCAAGAUCUGUAUCGUUCACGUCCUAGUCCCGUCGCGGAGGAUCCCCAUGGGAGGCCUGGGUGCCGGACUCCUUGCGAGCUCGGCGAACGAGAUAGUGUUAAGAGAACACAGAGAAAAAGAGAGGAUGAACGCGAAUAAAAUCUUGGAUUGCUGCCUGCUCGUUUGUAAACAAAUGGGGGUGACAGCGGAGAAAGCGUACAUAGAAUCGGACAGCGUCGAAAAGGGGAUUGUGGAGCUCGUACAUUCGCAUGAGAUCAGAAAGCUUGUGAUGGGUGCAGCAGCGGACAAGCUCUACUUCAAGAGGAUGACAGAAAUCAAGUCCGAGAAAGCCAUCUUCGUUCGCGACAACGCGCAUGUCUCUUCCCACAUUUGGUUCAUCUGCGACGGGCACCUCAUUCACACAAGGGAAGCUCGGACGGUUCAAGUCGUUGCAGAAGUUCCUAGUGAUGCGCCAGCACCAAAGACUCCGAGCCUUGGAGCCGGAAAGUCGAGUCUCUCGAAGUCACAAUCCGCCAAACUGCAGAGGAGCCGUACGACGAAGUUGAGCAAUCCAUUUCAAGACAUGGUGAAAAGAACCUUCUCUUGGAACACCGACCGACGUGCAGUGAUGCCAAUUGCUUCUCCUUCUUCCUCAGAUAGCUCUCCAGAGCAGCCCAAUGUGGCGAGCAUAAUGUUGGAGAGGCGAGAUAGUUUGCGAGAACUCAAAUCAGCUUCGACAAGUCUUUCCUAUCGUCUGCAGUCAACACAGUCGGUCUAUCAUACCGGCCAGUCAUCAAUUUCCAACACUCAGGAUAUGAAUGAAAACGAUGCGCGAGAAGGGCUUGAGGCGGGAGGGAUGACUUGUGCUGAAGCGGAAGUAGAUAUCACCAAAGGCGGGCCAAAGGAACCCGGAAAGAGAUUAUAUGCUGAGAAGUUGGAGGAAGAACUUGAGAAGGUGAAGGAUCAGCGAGACAAAGUGAUGGAAGAACUUCGCAAUGCUCAGGCCCUGAAAUCGCAGCUCGAGAACCAACUCAUGGAGUCCGACCAGAGCAGAAAGGAGUUGGAGCUGAAAAUCGUUGAAAGCGAUGAAAUGUUACAGACUUUUAGACAAGAGCGAGAGCUGCUGCAGAUCGACCUCGAGAACGCACGCCAAAAGGCUGAGGAGGUGAGCAGAAGAAGCAAAGGAAAUUCUUCGGGGUCAAAGUACUUCUCCGAGUUCUCCACGACCGAAAUCACGGAAGCUGCUCAGAACUUCGACGAAUCCUUGAAGAUCGGAGAAGGCGGUUCCGGGAGCGUGUAUAGAGGCUUCCUUCGACAUACACGGGUGGCUAUAAAGAUCAUGAAAUUUCCUGGCAUGCAAGGUUCAAAAGAAUUUCAACAGGAGGUGGAUGUGCUGAGCAAGGUGAGGCAUCCUCAUCUCAUCACGCUCAUCGGCGCUUGUCCCAAGCCCUGCACUCUUGUUUACGAAUAUAUACCAAACGGGAGCCUCGAAGACUGGCUCCGCAGCAGGGACAAGGCGAAGCAGCUGCCGUGGCAAGCCCGCAUACGCAUCGCCAAUGAGCUAUGCUCCGUCCUGGCCUUCCUCCACUCUUACAAGCCUCACAGCAUCGUCCACGGGGAUGUCAAACCGGGGAACAUCCUACUGGACGAGCACCUCGUGAGCAAGCUCAGCGAUUUCGGCAUCUGCCGACUGCUGUCCGGUGGCGAGCGGUCGAUCAACAACACUACCGUUGUGUACCCGACCAACCCGAAAGGGUCGUUUGGGUACAUGGACCCCGAGUUCCUCGUCACGCGAGAGCUGACCACGAAGUUCGACGUUUAUUCUUUCGGGAUUAUACUGCUUCAGUUAUUGACGAGGAGGCCCGCCUUAGGAAUAGCGAAUGUAGUGCGAAGGGCAGUUAGCGCUGGGACUUUGGAGGCCAUCUUGGACCCUUUGGCUGGAGAGUGGCCCUAUAUGGUGGCUGAGAAGUUGACUCAGUUGGCUUUGAGGUGCUGCGAGAUAAGCAGAAAGAGUAGGCCGGAUCUCCGGUCAGAAGUGUGGACGGUGCUCGAAUCGGUCGCCGCUUCCUAUCAAUAGACCGAGACUUCUGAAUAUUCAGUAUUGAGCGAUAUACAUGUUCGUAUGUGUACAUUGAACUUCAUUUAAAAUAAAAUUUCCAGGUGAUGUGUGGCGGC